CAGGACAGGGCACUUGCGACUCUAGCCGUCAACAGCCCUUUGUUCGCGCAAUCCCCACUCUAAUCUUUCCAAUGUCUGUGUCGCUCAUGUCGGCUGCCAUCCGCCCUGCUCUUCGCAAGCAGGUUUUUGCUCCUGUCGCCAGCAUGGCUCGCUCAUUCAACACCUCUGCACCCACCCACAUGGCCAGCACUAACCCCAGUCCUCCCGACAACACUCCAGCAAAGAAGGAGCCCAUGUACAAGACUUUUGAAAUCUACCGUUGGAACCCAGAUACACCUGCCGAAAAGCCUACCCUCCAGGAAUACAAGGUCGACUUGAACGCCUGCGGUCCAAUGAUUUUGGACGCUCUCAUCAAGAUUAAGAAUGAAAUGGACCCUACUUUGACUUUCCGUCGAUCGUGCCGUGAAGGUAUCUGUGGCUCUUGUGCCAUGAACAUUGAAGGUGGUAACACCUUGGCCUGCUUGGCUCGCAUCGACCGUAACGUCAGCAAGCCGGUCAAGAUCUACCCUCUUCCCAACAUGCACAUCGUCAAGGAUCUCGUUCCUGACUUGACCAACUUCUAUAAGCAGUACAAGAGCAUUGAGCCUUACCUCAAGCAAAAGACUGGCCCACCAGAAGGGAAAGAGAACUUGCAGUCCAUUGAGGACCGUAAGAAAUUGGAUGGAUUGUACGAAUGUAUCUUGUGUGCUUGCUGCUCUACCUCCUGCCCAUCGUACUGGUGGAACCAAGACGAGUACCUUGGCCCUGCUGUGCUCAUGCAAGCUUACCGCUGGAUGGCUGACUCGCGUGAUCAAUUCGGCAGAGAACGUCGUGAUAAGCUUCAGGACAAGUACUCUAUCUACCGUUGCCACACCAUCAUGAACUGCGCAAAGACUUGUCCCAAGGGUCUCAACCCUGGUAGAGCCAUUGCCCAGAUUAAGAAGGACAUGGCCUUUGAUUAGACUGGUUGGUGUACAGUACAAAAUGAAUUCCCAAUAGCAAAAAAUUUCCCUUCUGGCAAAAUACACAUCAAUGCCGCCUUUCUUUGAAAAAACACAUUAAAAAGAAGCCCGUAAUCAAACAUGUUGUGGAGGAUGCCAUGCUAUAAGAUGACAUGU